AUGGAGACCUAUUUGUCUUCUUUGGGUUAUAAAGCUUGGAAGUCAGUUGAAAAUGACUAUACAAUACCUUCUAGAGGACCUUCUACACCUGAUGAAGAAAAGGCCUAUGAAAGCAAUGCAAAUUCCAAAAAUUUCAUUCUUUCUAGUGUAACUAAUGAUAUUCUUGUUAAGGUAAUGCAUUGUCAAAGUGCUAAGAAAGUUUGGGAUAAACUGAAUAAUGUUUACAAAGGUAAUGAUAAAAUUAAGGAAGCCAAAUUUCAAACACUUAGGGAAAAUUUUGAAAGUCUUAAAAUGAGUAAGGAAGAAAAAAUUGAAGAAUAUCUACUCAGGGUAGAUGAAACAGUUAAUGUAAUGAGAGGCCUUGGUGAGACUGUUGAUGAGCCUAUUGUUGUCAAAAAGGUUCUUAGAUCCUUACCUUCUAGAUAUGAUUCAAAAGUCUCAGUUGUAGAAGAGGCAAAGGAUAUAAAGAAAUUUACAUUAGAUGAAUUGCAUGGAACAUUUACAACAUGUGAAAUGAGAACUCGAAAUGAGGUUUUCACUAGUAAGGAAACAACUUUUAAAACUAUUAAACAGGAAAAAUUAGUUGACACUGAUUUUGAAAUUUCAGAUGAGGAAGAAUUAAACAUUGUAGGGAGACUCAAGAAGGGUUUAUAUAAAUACAAAGGGAAACUCCCUUUUAAGUGCUUUAACUGCAGUAAAGUUGGACAUUUUGCAGCAAAGUAUGCAUAA